AUGAACCGCGACAGCAACGAUACCCAGGCGGUGAAGCUCUCGGGCGAGGAGGUCGCAAAGCACAACAACAAAGACUCGUGCUGGGUCAUUGUCCACGGCCGCGCAUACGAUGUCACAGAGUUCAUGCCAGAGCACCCGGGAGGUCCCAAGAUCAUCCUGAAGUAUGCCGGCAAAGAUGCGACGGAAGUGUAUGAGCCAAUCCAUCCCCCCGACACGCUCGACAAGUACCUGGACAAGUCCAAGCACUUGGGAGAGGUGGACAUGAACACGGUGCAGCAGGAAGAGAAGGAGUUUGACCCCGAUGAGGAAGAGAGGCAGAAGCGCAUCGAGCGCAUGCCAAUCCUCGAGCAGUGUUACAAUCUGAUGGACUUUGAGGCCGUUGCACGAAGGGUCAUGAAGAAGUCGGCAUGGGCAUACUACUCCAGCGGUGCCGACGACGAGAUUACACUACGCGAAAACCACACCGCCUUCCACAAGAUCUGGUUCCGCCCCCGAGUCCUCGUAGACGUCGAGAAGGUGGACACAAGCACAACAAUGCUCGGCACAAAAGUGGACCUCCCCUUCUACGUGACCGCGACCGCCCUAGGCAAACUUGGCAACCCAGAGGGAGAAGUCGUCUUGACGCGAGGCGCGAAGAAGCACAACGUGAUCCAAAUGAUCCCAACACUCGCGUCUUGCUCGUUCGACGAGAUCAUGGACGAAGCAGACGGCAAUCAAGUGCAAUGGCUCCAGCUCUACGUCAACAAAGACCGCGAAGUCACAAAGCGAAUCGUGGAGCAUGCCGAGAAGCGCGGCUGCAAGGGCCUCUUCAUCACUGUCGAUGCACCGCAGCUCGGUCGUCGCGAGAAAGACAUGCGAUCCAAGUUUUCCGACGUCGGCUCGAAUGUUCAGAGCACAUCUGGGUCAGAUGUAGACCGAAGCCAGGGCGCCGCACGUGCCAUCUCGUCGUUCAUUGACCCGAGCCUGAGCUGGAAAGACAUCCCAUGGUUCAAGAGCAUUACAAAGAUGCCCAUCAUUCUCAAGGGUGUGCAGUGUGUUGAGGAUGUUAUACGCGCUGUUGAAGUUGGCGUCGAAGGUGUUGUUCUCUCCAACCACGGAGGUCGCCAGCUAGACUUUGCCCGCUCUGGUAUUGAGGUUCUCGCCGAAGUAAUGCCAAUUCUUCGUGCACGCGGCUGGCAAGAUCGCAUCGAGGUUUACAUUGAUGGCGGUGUACGACGAGCGACGGACAUCAUCAAGGCUGUAUGCUUGGGUGCAAAGGGCGUGGGAAUCGGGCGACCAUUCCUCUACGCUAUGUCUGCUUACGGUCUCCCUGGAGUGGACCGCGCUAUGCAGUUGUUGAAGGAUGAGAUGGAGAUGAACAUGCGCCUGAUUGGUGCCGCGAACGUCUCUGACCUCAACCCGUCAAUGCUCGAUACAAGAGGACUGAGCAUGCACACUACAUCGGUGCCGAGCGACACACUAGGCCUGAACGUGUACGACCCACUCCUUGGCCCUCAAGAGCAAAUGAUCAAAGAGAAGGCCAAAUUGUAA